UGAAUCCCUCAAAAAUAUUUUAAAAAGUAUUCAACUUUUUCUUUGACCCAACUCUCUCUCUUCCCUCUUUUCAUGGUAGACCCAACUCUCUCUCCUCUCUCUCUUCUCUCUCUCUCUUAGCACUCUCUCAUCCCUCUUCUCUCUCUCUAUCUAGCUAUCCCCAUUUCCAUGGAAGCAUAGAGAUGUGUUCAUCUCUCUCUAUCUCUCUCAACAGCGUUACAUGAAAAGUGACUGUUCUCUCUCCCUCCUUUUUUCUUCUCCCCUUGCUUAAUUCUUCUGGAAAAAGGGUAUCUCGUGAUCCUUAUCGCUCAAAAUUCUUAACUUUCAGAUCAGGUCACUCUUUGAUGGCAAGAUUGAUUACUAGAGUCAAGAAAAGCUGCUUAAAUCUCAGGGAAGAGAGAAGAGGUUUCUAAGAAUCAAGUUUGUUCUCUGAUUUACUUUUUGAUCUCCAUGGCCUCCAAAACUCCAGAAAGAUCACUUACCAGUUCCAGUCAAAGUAUGUCAGUCAACACUUUAGCAGAUCAAGUAUCUUCGAGCUUGUCUUUCGCCGAUCCAAGUAGUGACAGCAAGACCAGUAAUAACAAGAUCAGCGAGCAAGGUGAGAGCGGGAAGAGUAGCACGUGUAGACCGAGCACGAGCAGCGAUAUAAGCGAUGAGAGCACCUGUAGCAGCUUUAGCAGCAGCAUCAACAAACCCCACAAGGCCAACGAUGUGAGAUGGGAAGCUAUUCAAGCUGUUAGAACGAAACAUGGCGGUUUGGGUUUGAACCAUUUUAGGCUCUUGAAGAGGUUAGGAUGUGGGGAUAUCGGGACCGUUCAUCUCGCUGAGUUGAAUGGGACAAGGUGUUAUUUUGCGAUGAAGGUUAUGGACAAAACCGCUUUGGCUAGCCGGAAAAAGCUUCUCCGUGCUCAAACUGAGAGAGAGAUACUGCAGUGUCUUGAUCACCCGUUCCUCCCGACAUUGUAUAGUCAUUUUGAAACCGAGAAGUUCUCUUGUUUGGUUAUGGAGUUUUGUCCUGGAGGUGAUUUGCAUACACUGAGACAGAGACAACCAGGGAAACGCUUCACCGAGCAAGCAGCCAAGUUUUAUGUAGCAGAGGUACUUCUUGCAAUGGAGUAUCUACACAUGCUCGGGAUCAUUUACCGUGAUCUGAAACCCGAGAACGUUCUUGUGAGAGACGAUGGGCACGUGAUGCUUUCGGAUUUCGAUCUCUCCCUUAGGUGUACCGUUAGCCUCUCGAUAGUCAGAUCAACCAAUCUCGGAUCCGAAGGCUUGUCCAAGAAUUCGGUUUCUUGCUCGCAACAGCCAUCUUGCAUCCAGCAACCAUCUUGUAUCUCAAUGGCUCCAACGUCUUGCUUCGGUCCUCGGUUCUUCUCAUCUAAAUCUAAGAAGGACAAGAAACCGAAAACCGAUAACGGUAACCACCAAGUGACUCCGUUACCGGAGCUCGUUGCAGAGCCAACAAGCGCCCGUUCGAUGUCAUUUGUGGGCACACACGAGUACUUAGCUCCAGAGAUCAUCAAAGGUGAAGGGCAUGGAAGUGCUGUUGAUUGGUGGACUUUUGGGAUCUUUCUUUAUGAGUUGUUGUUCGGUAAAACACCGUUUAAAGGGUCCGGGAAUCGAGCUACGCUCUUUAACGUUGUUGGUCAGCCUUUGAGGUUUCCGGAGUCUCCGGUUGUUAGCUUUGCAGCUAGGGAUUUGAUAAGGAGCUUGCUUGUGAAGGAGCCACAACAUAGAUUAGCUUAUAAGCGUGGAGCAACGGAGAUAAAGCAACAUCCUUUCUUUGAAGGAGUGAAUUGGGCUCUGGUCCGGUGUGCCAGUCCACCGGAGAUUCCUAAACCGGUUGAUCUUGGACCGGUGAAUCAUACUCCUGCUGUACCGGCUGCUGCAUCUACAAGCGUGAGGUCUGACCAGAGCAAUUAUCUCGAGUUUGAUUUCUUCUGAAGGUUUUUUUUUUGCAAGAAGCUGUUUAUCCAAAUUUGAUGAUUCUCUUAUUGUUUCUUGGCAAAUUCUUCAGAAACUGUCUAGUGUUUUCGAGAAAUGUGUUCUCUCUUCUUCUCUUUUUGUUGUCCUUUCUCUUUCACGUCUUGAACAAGUUAUAAGCUUUGUAUCAUUCUUCAAAAAAUCUAAGACAGUCUCUGUACCAUCUUCUUCUGUUAAUUUAUUACUAGAUACGAACCAUUGAGUAUCGCAAA